UAGGCAGCAGACAGAGGAAGAGCCGCCGUGGGUGCAGUUCACGUUAGCAUUUACUGUCGCUGUUAGCAGGCACCACUGACAAGUGCCUACAGUGUGUUCUUAAAACGCGUUUCGAUUUACUAAACCAGCUUCAAGACUUCUAAUCGAGGGCCUUUAACGAUUGCUGCGCCAAGAUGAGCUUCCUGUUUGGCAGUCGCUCAUCUAAGACCUUCAAGCCGAAAAAGAACAUCCCAGAGGGCUCCCACCAGUAUGAGCUGCUGAAACACGCCGAGGCAACGCUGGGCAGCGGAAACCUGAGACAGGCUGUCAUGCUGCCAGAGGGAGAGGAUCUCAAUGAAUGGAUUGCAGUGAACACGGUGGAUUUCUUCAACCAGAUCAACAUGCUGUACGGUACCAUCACUGAGUUCUGCACCGAGACGAGCUGCUCCGUGAUGUCUGCGGGACCAAGGUAUGAGUAUCACUGGGCUGAUGGUACCAAUAUUAAAAAGCCCAUCAAAUGCUCUGCGCCCAAGUACAUCGACUAUUUGAUGACCUGGGUGCAGGAUCAGCUGGAUGACGAGACACUUUUUCCCUCCAAGAUUGGAGUUCCCUUUCCCAAGAAUUUCAUGUCUGUGGCCAAAACCAUCCUGAAGCGUCUGUUCAGGGUUUACGCUCACAUCUACCACCAGCAUUUUGACUCUGUGAUGCAGCUGCAGGAGGAGGCCCACCUCAACACCUCCUUCAAGCACUUCAUUUUCUUUGUUCAGGAGUUCAACCUUAUCGACAGGCGAGAGCUCGCUCCCCUGCAGGACCUGAUCGAGAAGCUCGGGUCAAAGGACAGAUAGACAUUUCAUCACACGUCUUCCUUUUAUAUCAUUUCUCCUUACUUUUUUUUUUUUUUUUUUUUUUGCUGUCUCUGACCUCUUCUACCUCUAUGACUUCUAAACUCAGCUCUAAAAAUCUGUGCCUUCUUCCUUGUGUCUCCUGAAUAUUUCCUGCAUUCUUUUCCUUUUAUUCCUUUCUUUUGUUUGCUGUUUUUGAGUCCUUUUUUUUAAGCCUCACUAGAUCAAAAAGUCAUGUAGUAGGGUAAACCUUUUCUUUUUCCACAGGACUGUGGUUAAUGACUCUGUAAGAGCAACCUACUGAAUUGUUUUGUUUUUUUUAUUGGACCAAGGACAUUUGGAAAAAUGGCUUCUAUUGCUGAAGCUGCUGAACAGUGUUUUCUAACACUUGGUAGUUAGUCAUUUAUUUUGUUAACUGAUCUGCUAUAAUUACAGUGACUGACCAAAUGUCCCACUCUUAGAGUUUUUUUUUUUUUUUUUUUUAAACUCUCUGUCAUUGGUGUACAGGGAGAGUAACAGGAAAGUAGUGAUGUUGAAAUAUGUUUUGCAUGGGCUUUUGUAAGAUUACAUGAAGGCAGGCACAAAAAUGCAUUGGUAUAUUAUGGCCUAUUAACAGCAUGUAAAGUUCUGUCACUUGUUGGUUGUGUAGCGGACAUCCCGCAUAUGCUAACAUGGGUCCUAUUAUGUGACGAGAUUCAAUGAUGAGUUAACUAUAAGGUGCCUUUCCUCUUACACCAUAAAAGAACAUCACCAUUGGCUCCGUGUAGUUUCAAUUUAAUCAUGCAAUUCUGUCUUUUGCACAUUUCUUUUGUUCAGAUAGUAAAAUGUGAGAUAUAGUGCUUUUCCACCUAUAGCCUGUAUAAUGACCCUGUGAAGGGGUUAUGUAGUGUUAAACCAUCUUGUUAACAGCAAAAUAUAAUCUGUGAAUGUUUUCCUGUCAUUUUAGUUCUUUUCUGUGGUGCCAAUCAAGCGUGCAACUUUUUUUCUUUCUUUUUUUUUUUUUUUUUUUUAAAUCAGUGCUGGUACUUAUUUUCUUUUUUUAAUUUUUAUUAAAUAUUUCCCCUGAAUUGGAACAUAGGGUAGUAACUAUUACACCUGCACACCUGAGAUGUAUGUAGUAUUUCAGUCAUGGUCAUUUCCUGUGUUUACUCUGGCUUCAAACAGCAGGGCUGUUUGUGCUAUUAUCUUUUUAAAAACAAAUGCCGAUUAAUAUUUCUGAUAAAUGUUUUGUCUGGUAAUGUUUUAUCAAGGGAAUUCAUGUUGGACCUAAAUUUCUAUCGGACAAUCAUGUGACCAAUUAUGAUCUUAAAUGAUGAUUCAACAAGAACUAACAAUUAGAUUUAGGGGCUGCAGGAUUCAUUUUAUUGUUUUUUGUUUUUUUUUUAAAUGUUACCACUUUGUAAGAAAGACUGUCAUACCAAGGCAAAGGCAUAGCUGUAGACCUUUAGUUCACUCCAUGUUUUGGCCCACAAGAUGCUUGCCAAGCCACCAAGUCAAUAAUCCACAGGCAUGUCUAGGCAUUACUUUCAGUCGGUAUUCAAUCACAUAUUUUUGAAAUGUAUUUGCUAUUUUCUCACAAUAUUAUUUUUUAAACUUUUGGUAUGAAGUUACAUUUCGUUUUGCAUUGCAAAAUGUUGGCUUUAUCUUUUGAAUCUUGUAUAACAAAAAUAGCUUUGAAUUAAAUGAAACCAGUUAUUAUUGGUCCAGUCUCUGGCUGGUCAUUUAGAUUGAGGAAGAGCCAUAUGUAUGUACCACAUCAACACAUUUGCUGUAAAUAAGAUCAGUGUUUUAUUUGAACAAAACUGUGCCUUACCGUAAUGGAAGUGUCUGAUGUGAUGGCAUUGAUCAGAAAUUCAA